CCCCCGGCCCCUCUAUAGAGGCAGGGGAGGAGGGGACUCGCUCAGAGCGCGGCCGCCGCCGGGACGAGCAGCACAGCGCCCAGCAUGGAGCUCCGCGCCCUCGCCCUGCUCGCCUUCGCCCUGGCCCUCGUCUCCCUCUCGGAGGAGAAACCCGUCAGCCUGACUUACCGAUGUCCCUGUCGAUUCUACGAGAGCAACGUGGCAAGAGCCAACAUUAAGCACCUCAAAAUCCUCUCCACCCCCAACUGCUCACUUCAGAUUGUUGCAAGGCUCAAGAGCAACAGCAAGCAAGUGUGCAUUGAUCCCAAGCUAAAGUGGAUCCAGGAAUAUCUGGAGAAAGCUUUAAACAAACCACGUCAUCGCACUCAUAAAAAAAAGCAACAGAAGAAACGGGGCCCACUCUGCCCUUCCCGUGCAACACCACUAAAGUCUCCAGGGAGAAAGAAUGGAGGUUCAAGAUGUAAGAGGCAAGCAUUGUAAGCCGUCUACAGGAUUUCUUACUGUAGGACCCAGAGAACAGAUAACCAGUAUUAGGGAAUGAAUACAUUUCACUGUUAUCAUGCAGCACAAAAGCAACGCUUCAUGCAUUUCCAAAGGUGUUUUUAUUUUUUUUUUCACAAAUUGGCUUGCUUUCACAGUGCUAUCUUUAUAUAGUAAGAUGUAUUUGAUUUCGAGAAAAAUAUGUUUUUAUACAGUUGGUUGAUUACCUAGCACUGAGGGCAAAUAUGAAUUUAAACUAACCCUAUGUUAUUAUAUAAUAUUUUAUUUCCUUUGCUAUGUAGAGGUCCUGCUUUAUUUAACUUUCUUUUGGUUCAUGCAAGUCUCCUGGAGAUUUAAACCUAGAAGGACAUGAACUGUACAGUGCAAUGUUGUUGUGUAAGUAGUGGAAGAGUUCCUUUCCCCCAAAAGUCAUUGAGGCCAAGAACAUAGGAAGGCUAAAAAGCAUCAGAUAGCAAUGAAAGUGGACAGCACUAUUACGGGUGGUGAUUUUAGGUAUUUUGGCUGAGGGAUUGAAUUCAGGGCUGCAGGGCUAAGCCAUUCUCUGAAGACUGGAGACCUCGGUGGCAACUAUGAGCAGCUGGGGCAAUGCACAUCUGGUGCUGCACGGUGCUAGUACUCGGUUUGUAGUAGCUGAGCGUGUUAGGAGCCACAACACUGAUCUGAUGUCACUUGGCAUUUCCUAUGUUCCUGUGUUUCCGAUGACAAAUUUUAGCACAAAAAGGAAUGGGUUAUUAAAGAUCUAACAGCUAGAUCAUAUUGCAAAUUGCUGGAGGAGUCAAAGAUGCUGCCAUGCACCAGGUGUCUGUUCCCACCCGUCCACAGAAGAUGAUUUCAGAUCGGCUGGCCUUGUGCUGAAGUAGAUGGAGGAGCAUUCGUGUGACCCUUCACCAGCAGCCUCAGAUACUGAACAGUCACACCUGCCUGAGGGCAGUAACAUUUUUGAUUGCUCUGUGUAGAUCUCAGAAAGGUUGUCUGCCAUGUCUUUGGAGAAAAGAGAUAACUGGGGCAAGAGAGGAAAGACACUGAGUGUCUGCCCAGUUUGGGUGCUUCUUGGGUGUGGAGAUGAAGGCUAACACUCACUGUUCACCGGUGGUCAUGGUUCUGCUUGCUGGUGAAUGGCACAGCCUCUGGGAUUUUCUUUGCAAAGUACACCUGGGGACAAGUACCACUUCUUGCACCAGUUCCCUCUCUCAGCCAGAAAUGUCUUUCUCCUGAUUCCCACCUGUGUGAGGAAGUACCUUUGCAAUAUAGUAUAUGGCAAAACACACCUAAAGUACUAUGAUAACCACGUUGUGCUGCACACAGAGAUCUGGGGGGAAGCACAUCUGUGCAGCACAAUACUUGUGUUUGUAUGUGUCUGUGUCUGUAUUGUAAACGAAAAAUGUUGUAACGUUGUGUGUUUUUUUGGAGGGUUGCUUCAAACAGGAUCUUCCCUCUUACCUGCAGCCUGUGUCAGGAACACUGAAAGGGGUGUUUCAUUAGGCGCUCCUUUCUGUGGCAGGCAUCUUUAAUGCCAAAGAGGCACUUUGGAUAGCCGGGGACUACCGUAUUUCCAUGUGGAUUCAGGUAAAAAUCUUGUAAGUACUUUCCUCUCUGCAAAAGGGUGCUGUUAGAGAGAGUGCUUCAGCUGGGACCACAUCACCACAUUCACUUUGAAGUAGAAACCAACUGCUGUGCCUAAAAUGUGUGUGUGUGGCUUUGACAUUCCUCCUAUUGUUACCAUCACCAAGCUGGUGCUUUAAAUGUUUUGGUCUCCAUUUUGGAAGGUCUGGCACCGCUGUACUUGGUGAGAAUCAGGCUGUUGAUUUCUAUGUGAGUAGGGUCAGAACCUCUGUUGUCAAGGUAAAGGCAGGAAGAAGUUCUGUGAGAAAACUGGAGUUUCUUGUAUCCUCCCUGGACUGUGCUGUAUAUCCUAGGGUCCACCUGCUGUCCCUACACACACAUCUGCAACAGCUAGUGUUUUGCCAGGGGGAGAACAGGAGUGACUUUGGGGAAAGUGGGCGAAUCUUGGUUCUGACAGACACGAAGCGCAUCCUUCUCACCCAGGAAGGUGCAUCCUUCACGUGUUCACAUCCUUUGCUUCUAAGGGGCACACCAGCUGCCCAGUGACUGGCUGUGGCUGUACAGCCUUGCCAGUGCCCUGCUGCAGUCCCAGUUAACAGGGAACGAGGUCAGUGCCAGCAGGGAAAGGCCCCUGGGCACAGGCCAAGCCCACACCGCAGCCUGAGCAAACAAACUCCUCUUCUAGGGGCAAACCUGUGGGCAUUGCAGGGGCAGGCUGUGUUAAAGGAAGGGCAUUUGCUCUUGAGUGGGGAGGAAGGGACCCCCUGCGAUGCUAGGGAACAUUUACAGCCAGGUGAUGGUUUUCUGGGUGCUUGUGGGCUGUCUGUCCUCAGGCAUUUCUUGAGACUCUGUGAGCUGGGCUGAUGACAGUUCAUUGCUCAUGUAGCUAAGACCACUCAGGGCAUGGGGCUGUUCCCGGGGCCAGCACCGUGUCCCUUCCCUCGGCUGGAGCACAGAUCCACAGGGGUGAGUUCAGGCAGGGUGAACGCAGGAAUGGCACAGACCUGGCCAGGAAUAACUGAAGACUUACAUGAGAACCCGAUAGAACCUUUUUCUUGCUUUAAUCCAAACUCCAACCCUGAGCGGGAAGCUUUGCCUUUUGCUUGGCAUUAUUUUCAAGAGAACUGUUGUGUCAGGAAUAGCAGCCGUGCCCUGCACACAAGGGACAUCGAUCACUCGGCUGCAUCAAGCUUCCUCACUGCCCUAUGCAUCACACCCUAUUAUUGCUCCUGUGCACACCACAGUCCUAGCAGGCCGAGAAGCUGCACUAACAGAGGCCCCCUCAGGGAGAGCACUAGGUUUUCCUUUCUGCCUCUAACUGUUGACCAAAGACCGAAUCAGGGAAAGGAAGCAUGGGGAGAUGGGAGUGAUGCAGGGACCACACGUGAAGAGAAGGAGGGAAAAGAGAUAACACUGAACUGGUGCUGAAAAAGCAGCUUCCAUAAAUGUGAAACUGUCGUGUCACGUGUGGUAUAUUUCCAAGUGCAGCUGUCAAAUCCUAAGGUUGUUUUAUGUCUGUUUGUUUGUUUAAAGAAGAGUAGUUGGUAUUUAUUGCCGUGCCAUUUUUUUUGUAAUUAUUUAUACUAGCUUUACACUUGUAUGUAUGAAUAUUUUAUCCGAAUUCUGCCUGAGGAAGGAUGAAGGAUCACUUCUUGAUGCGUUUUUAACUAAUGUGGUGUUUGAGCAAAUGUUCAUUGGUCUUUUGUAAUGAAGGCUAUAUUCCAAGUAAAAUAUACACAUUUUGUUGAAAAUGCA